AAUAAUAGGUAAAUAAUAGUAUUACAAAAUAUUAACUACAACCAACUGUGUUAAUCUGUUUGUACAUUUACAAUCAGUCAAAAAGUAGUGCCCAAUAUGCCGGAUGAAAACGAGGAUGAUUACAAGUUCGCUGCGUGUACCUUCUUCGCGAAGAACCACCCGGGUGAGACGUGCGGCAGUAACGGGCUGCCUCUCACGCCUAGUUCCGUGACGAUACUGGGCAGGGCGCAGCGCCUGCUACACUUGGAACACCCCAAUUUGUGCACUUACCUGGAUGUUAUCAGGGGCAAACAUGAGAGAAUCAUUGUUGUAGCAGAAGUCAUUGGAAAAUCCCUGGUUGAAGUAAAAUCUAAGUUUUCUUUUGGAGAAAUUACAAAUAUUGGUCUGCAAAUAGCAAAUGCCUUGAAGUUCCUGCAUGAACAAGAUAUCACCCACAGGACCCUUUCUGCAGACAAUAUCCUGUUGGACAGUAACGGUAGAGUGAAACUGUUUAACUACGGAUUGUACUUUAUGACCAAAAGUGGGAAGGAAGUGUCAUUUCCAUUGGGGCUCCCAAGAUAUCUCAGUCCAGAAACAAUAUUAGGUGGUGGAGGGCCGUCUGCUGAUGUGUGGACGUUUGGCAUUAUACUAUUAGAGCUGUGUGUUGGCAAGCUGUGGCAGAACCUUAAGCCAGGACCCAUAUUGCGAAGGAUACUUACUUUGGUUCAUGCUGGCAACCCAGCAGAAAGGAUUGCUAGGGAACACGAUUAUCAUGAGGUUUAUAAACAAGUACCAGAUUCAUUGAAGAACAUUAUAGAGAAAUGCCUCAAGAUAUACCCAAGUGAGAGGGCGACAUUUGCUGAACUCGCAACGGAUUUGUCUCAAGUUGACAAUAAGCAGUUGGCCGAGUUAAAGAAGCCCCGAGGCUUGAUGGGAUGCAAGCUCCAACUACUGUAUCAUCUGUGGCAGUUGACAGGCGGAGACAUUCAGGCGGAGUUGAAGAAAAAUUGUCUGAUCAAAAACAGCCCUCCCAUUUUGUCUAUGCCCAUAGCAAUCCUACUUGAUGGAUGUACCAUAGGAGGAAAGACUGGCGCCUUAUUCGACAGGCGUAUAGCCAAGUACAGCUUGAACCUGCUAAAACUACGGCUCAUACAUAUCUCUCCUCAUGACUUCUACCCUUUGAUGCAUGAGCGCAAGAAAGACAAUGAUGCUGUAGCUCUACCAAAGAUCAUCAGAGAGAGAGACACGGAGUACCAGUUCUAUAGGCUGUUGUGGUUUCAGAGGCUUUUGCAUGGCUACCCGCACACAGCUCAAUACAUCAGGGCAGAGGCAGAGAUAGACAUACCACCGCUAGUGCGAGGGGACGUGUGGGCUGCCUUAUUGGGGGUCGUUGGAGACAUUGAGGAGCAGUACGAGAGGAUCGACAAGGAAACGCCGACGCCGACUGAUAGACAGAUAGACGUCGACAUCCCCCGCUGCCACCAGUAUUGUUGGCUUUUGAGCGGAGCGGCGGGCCACCGCGCGUUGAAACGUCUUCUGAAGGCCUGGCUGCUCACACACCCGCAAUAUGUGUACUGGCAAGGCUUGGACUCACUCACGGCACCAUUNUUGCCCACAGGGACAGUCGCCAUCACUUUUGCGGCGACGACCCUGCCAGACUUCGUGGAGCUGGGCGGCUGGAGGCACAGCAUCACCCAGUACAUCCCUCCAGUUAAGCAAUGUUACCGCUGCCAGAGGUAUGGUCACAUUUCCAAGUAUUGUAAGAACGAGGAACGGUGCUCAAUUUGCAGUAAUGGACACAAUUAUAAAGAUUGUCCAACUCCUAAAGAAAAUGCACAAGUACCAGAUUCAUUGAAGAACAUUAUAGAGAAAUGCCUCAAGAUAUACCCAAGUGAGAGGGCGACAUUUGCUGAACUUGCAACGGAUUUGUCUCAAGUUGACAACAAGCAGUUGGCCGAGUUGAAGAAGCCCCGAGGCCUGAUGGGAUGCAAGCUGCAACUACUGUAUCAUCUGUGGCAGUUGACAGGCGGAGACAUUCAGGCGGAGUUGAAGAAAAAUUGUCUGAUCAAAAACAGUCCUCCCAUUUUGUCUAUGCCCAUAGCUAUCCUACUUGAUGGCUGUACCAUAGGAGGAAAGACUGGCGCCUUAUUCGACAGGCGUAUAGCCAAGUACAGCUUGAACCUGCUAAAACUGCGGCUCAUACAUAUCUCUCCUCACGACUUCUACCCUUUGAUGCAUGAGCGCAAGAAAGACAAUGAUGCUGUAGCUCUUCCAAAAAUCAUCAGGGAGAGAGACACGGAGUACCAGUUCUAUAGGCUGUUGUGGUUUCAGAGGCUUUUGCAUGGCUACCCGCACACAGCUCAAUACAUCAGGGCAGAGGCAGAGAUAGACAUACCACCGCUAGUGCGAGGGGACGUGUGGGCCGCCUUAUUGGGGGUCGUUGGAGACAUUGAUGAGCAGUACGAGAGGAUCGACAAGGAAACGCCGACGCCGACUGAUAGACAGAUAGACGUCGACAUCCCCCGCUGCCACCAGUAUUGUUGGCUUUUGAGCGGAGCGGCGGGCCACCGCGCGUUGAAACGUCUUCUGAAGGCCUGGCUGCUCACACACCCGCAAUAUGUGUACUGGCAAGGCUUGGACUCACUCACGGCACCAUUCCUGUACUUGAACUUUUGUAACGAAGCGCGCGCCUUCGCCUGCCUCAAAGCGUUCGUGCCAAAGUUCCUUCACAAGUUCUUCCUGAAGGACAACAGCGCGGUCAUCAAGGAGUACUUGGCAAAGUUCUGGCAAAUGGCGGCCUUCCACGAGCCGGUGCUCGCAUCGCAUCUCCACGAGAUCAAUUUCGUGCCAGAACUCUUCGCUAUACCUUGGUUCUUGACUAUGUUUUCACAUGUGUUCCCGUUGCACAAAAUAGUGCACUUGUGGGACGCUUUGUUAGUGGAAGGUCCAUCCUUGCCCUUGUUUAUGGGAGUAGGGAUCCUCAGGCAGUUGCGAGACACGCUACUAAGCUCAGGGUUCAACGAGUGCAUAUUACUGUUCUCUGAUUUGCCGGAAAUUGAUAUAGGGGAGUGUGUCAAGGAAUCAAUUGAAAUGUGCCGAAGUUCACCAAGAAGUAUCAGCUAUAGAAGGUUUACAAAUGAGCCAGUUGUGAAAGACCUUAUGGAUAUAGUGGAAAUUCCAAUGGAAGUCCUGUUCACCGAAAUAUGUCCACGGAUUAGCCUCUCAGAUUUCUUUUCACUGGUAUGCCAAGAGAAGUGUUGCGUCAUCGAUAUACGAUCGAAUUUGCUUUACGACAAAAGCUGCAUAGAGGGCAGCAUAAACGUCCCGUACAGUGGGGUGCACCUCGGCCAACUCGAGUUGCGUUCCCUCGGGCUGCAUCCUCAGAGGGUCAUUCAGGAAUCCAUGAAACUGAAGAAAACUGUCGUCGUGGCGUCGGCUGAAGACGAAACUGCUCAACUGUUUAGCGACUACUUAGUGAAGUGCGGGGUGGGCCGCGUGUGCAUACUGCACGGCGGCGUCCACGCACUGCAGUCGCACGUGCCUUCUCUCUUCACCACGCCUCAGCCAGUCGCGAGGGGCAACCGCGGACACACGGACAAAACGUAAAACGGUUAGAGAUUAGGUACAGUCAGUCAACGUCAAAUUCGUGACACCCAUGGGAAAAAAGUUGAUGACACAACCUAAUUCCAAUUGUAACAAAGACGCGUUCCAACUUUUUUACUACUUUGGGAGUUACUCUUUAUUAAACCUGCGAAAUGGCUCUAGAAGGCACUUGGGAUGUGUAGCAUAGUUUCCUAAAAAAAUUUUUUUUGUCCGUCAAUUUUAUAUCCAAAAAUUUUGAACACGUAUAUUUUUAAUUGUCAAUCAAACAAAUUAUUACAAAGUUAUGGUGCGUUGAAGUUCCGCGCGACGUCACAAAGUGCUGCACUUUUAAGCACUCUUGACACGGGCCUCAUCUUAACAACUUUGGCGCGCUUGAUCUCUUUAAAUUUUCAUUAGAUUGAAAAAAUGAAAAAUACGUGUCAAGUAUUUUUUGAUAAGUUAAAUGACGGACUAAUUAAAGCUCUUGCUUUUUUACCCAGGAAACAUCCCUAUUGCCCUCAUGCCUCAUAAUAAUAGUAUGACUUAUAACAGUCGUGUGUGAUGAGACCACCAAUUAAUUGACAUGUCUUUUAUGAAAAACUUUUGCUGUUAAAACGUGCCUUCCCACAUAGACUUUUAUGUAUAGCAUAGGAACCUAUGACGUCACUUCCAUGCUAAUUCAAUUUACUUGAAAAGUAAUUUGGCUUGCAAAAAGUUUUUAGUAAGCAAAUCAUCAGCAUGAUUAAAUGUUUUGAAUUGGAAUUUUGCUAUGUGGAUAUUUUACACCAAAACGCGUUUGGAGCAGUUUUGUUCGCGUCAUUAUUGGUUUGCUCCUAUUUUUGUUAAAUAAUAUUAUUUAUUUAUGUAUACUUUAAUGCCGAAAUUUUAACAUAAGGCGAACUUAAUACCAUAAGGCAGGGGUUCCUAACUUAUUUGAGAUGCGCCCCCUUUCGACCAUACAAAAAAAUCCGCCUGGGUUGUAUCGAGCAGCCUGGAAUGCAUCUAAUAAAUACACCGAUUGUCUGCGCCCUUUGCGCCUCCUCUGGGGGGCGCGCCUCCCACUUUGGGAACCAGUGCCAUAAGGCAUUCUCGACCAGUUUACCUUCGGGUUAUGCAGAAAAAUUAGUUUGGCGGUAUAACAAAAAAUCAAUUUGUAUCCCGUUAACCUCUCGUGGUAAGCUUAUGAUUGUGUUACCAGUGGGUUCACCACAAGAGGCGAGCGGUCGUAGUCUUUGAAACUAACAUACAUUUAUUUUUUAUCUUCCUUGACUAUCUAAGUAGGUACCGCUCAGUGUCAUUGAUGAUUUUCCGUUUAUUUAGAAAAUUAGCGAUAAAUGUUAUCAUGUCGCUUUGAUAAAUGUAAUUUGUUGAUAUUAUAGUAACACUACUAUAAAUAACAAUGACUAAGUUCUUGAAUUGAAAUGAAAAUAAUGAGUAAUAAUAUUUGUUCUAAAUUAAAGGUGAUAUGCAUUGCUGGAUAUUACGCCCAAUUCCUUUAGAUUAGGCGGUUUUGAACUAACUGAAAAAUUGGGUUUUUGGUUGCUUUGAUUAAAAUCAAGAAAUAGUCAAUUGAAGUGUCGUCAAAAAUCUAUGGUAAACAAAACCAAUGUCUUGGGACUUGAUUGGUGGUGUCACUACACAAAUUCAAAUUGCUAUCUUAGGCCGGCAAUACACGGAGCGCUUGAAGCAGUCAGGGUCGACAGCUUCAAGCUGCGACUGCACAGUGAACUGCAG